GUGUUACUUCUUGUGCUCCUGGGUGCUGUAUAUCUGUAUGCUGGAUUGCUGUAUUGCUUAACUGUUGAUGAACUUUGCCUGUUUGACUACGCUGUUUGCCUUAACCCCUGAAUUGCUUUAUUGCCUUACCGUUGAUGAACUCUGCCUGUUUGACUACACUGCUUGCCUUAAACUCUGCAUUGCUGGAUUGCUUAACUGUUGAUGAACUUUGCCUGUUUGACUAUGCUGCUUGCAUUAACCCCUGAAUUGCUGGAUUGCCUUACCGUUAAUGAAUGCUGCCUGUUUUGACUACUCUGCUUGCCUUACCCCCUGAAUUGCUGGACUGCUUUACUGUUGAUGAACUCUGCCUGUCUGGCCAUUCUAUUGGUUUACCCCUGAACUGUUUUAUUGCUGGGUAUCCUUUUUUUGCUGACUCCUGCCUGUUCCCGGUCCUUCUAUUGGUUUACCCCUGAACUACCAUACUGCUGCUGGAUUACCUUCCUGUUGCCGCUGAGUACUGCCCAGCCUGCUGAACAAGAUGCACCUACUGUUGUGGAAGAUCGGAAUUGUGGGAAUUCUAACCCUGCAGGUUCUUGGCUGGAAGACCAGUUAUGAUGGGGAUCAAGUUUUACAAGUAAUCCCACAAAACACGGAACAGGUCCAGUGCUUGCGGAACUUAAAUGAAUACUGGCUGCUGGAUCUUUGGAAGCCUCUACAGCCAGAAGAUAUCAAUGUCAGGACUGUAACACAUGUCAGGAUCCAAUCCGCUGUUCUGCAGCCCGUGAAAAAGGAAAUGCUCCAGUGUUCUCUAGCUUUUCAAAUCCUAAUACACAAUGUGCAAGAUGUAGUUGAUGUUCAGCAGGAAAAUAUGCAUGCCAGACUCAAGAGGUCUUUGUCUGAAUACAACUAUGAACAAUAUCACACAAUGGAGGAGAUUUAUCAUUGGCUUCAACAAGUAGAAGACAACUACAGUGAGCUGGUAUCACAGCAUACACUUGGUUCAACAUAUGAGUCUCGACCAAUUCAGUAUCUAAAGAUAAGUCAACCAUCAAGUUUUCCUAAAAAGAUUAUCUGGAUGGACUGUGGAAUACAUGCAAGAGAAUGGAUUGCUCCAGCAUUCUGCCAGUGGUUUGUUAAAGAGAUUGUACAAAACUACCAAAAAGAUCAACAAAUGAAAAAGAUCCUGAGGAAUAUAGACUUGUACAUUCUGCCAGUCCUAAAUAUUGAUGGAUAUAUAUACAGCUGGACAAGUGAUCGUUUGUGGAGAAAAUCUCGCUCUCAGCAUGAAAAUGGCACAUGUUAUGGCGUGGAUCUUAAUCGCAAUUUUGAUGCAAAGUGGUGCGAUGUUGGAUCUUCAAAAAACUGCAGUGCCAAUUCAUUCUGUGGAAAUUCACCUGCAUCUGAACCAGAGACAAGGGCAGUGGUUAAUUUUAUGGAAAGCAGGAAGUCGGACAUUAUUUGCUACCUAACGAUUCAUUCAUACAGCCAGUUCAUCCUUACAGCUUAUGGAUACACUACAGAACUGCCAAAGAGUUACAAUGAAACGUUCAAAGUGGCAAAGAUGGCGGCAUCAGCAUUGAAGAAAAAGCACGGCACAGAUUAUAGUGUGGGAACGUUUGCCGAUCUCCUGUAUGAAGCCUCUGGAACUUCUCAAGACUGGGUUCAUGACCUUGGCAUAGAUUAUUCCUUCACUAUGGAAUUGAGAGACAAUGGUACCCAUAUGUUUACAUUGCCAGAAGAACAAAUCCAGCCAACAUGUGAAGAGACCAUGGCAGCAGUUCUGACCAUCUUUGAAUAUGUCAAUGACAAAUACUUCCCAAAUAAUGCAGCCACUACCUCUGCCAGUUUUUCUUUGAGUCUACUUCUUUCUUUUCUGCAAAUAGUGUGAACAACUGCACCUAUAGAAUCAUGUCAUUGUUAAAGGGACAGUCUAGUCAAAAUUAAACUUUUAUGAUUCAGAUAGGGCAUGUCAUUUUAAACAACUUUCCAAUUCACUUUAAUCAUCAAAUUUGCUUUGUUCUUUUUGUAUUCUUUGUUGAAAGCUAAACCUAGGAAGCCUCAUAUGCUAAUUUCUAAUCCCUUGAAGGCCGUCUCUUAGCUCAAUGCACUUGACAGUUUUUCACAGCUAGAGGGUGUUAGUUCAUGUGUGUCAUAUAGAUAACAUUGUUCUCAUGCCCAUGGAGUUACUUAUGAGAGGGCACUGAUUGGCUAAAAUGCAAGUAUGUCAAAAGAACUGAAAUAAGGGGUCAGUGUGCAGAUGCUUAGAUACAAGGUAAUUACAGAGGUAAAAAGUAUAUUAAUAUAACCAUGUUGAUUAUGCAAAACUAGGUAAUAUGUAAUAAAGGGAGUAUCUAUCUUUUUAAACAAUAAAAAUCCUGGCGUAGACUGUCCCUUUAACAAGAAAGUGUGAUGAUGUGUGUGAACUCAUAAUAGUGCUCAAUCAUGUGGAUGUUGAACCAACUAAAUUCCUCAUUUCUUCCCUGGCCUUAAAACAAAAAAAAAACUGUUUCUGCCUCCUAAUAUGUGAUAAUGUUUGAUUGACAUUUCAUGUGUUAAUUAUAACAGUGAAGCAAUCUGUUCCAUAGCUAUAUAUCGUCCCGAUGGGAUUGUUUGUUAAUACAAACUUAGCUGUGAAAGUAAAAGAAAAAAAAAAAUCUAACCUAACUCUAAAAAUAAAGACCUAAAAUUAAAUUUAAAAAAAAAGAGUUAUGCCUAUUGUAAAACCCCAAUUAAAAAACACCCAAAAUAAAAAAACUGUUCUAAAAUUAAACUACAAAAAGCCCUUAAAAAGCCAUUUGUAAGGCAUUGCCUUAAAGUGAUCAAGCUCUUUUGUGAAAAUAAAAAAUUACACCUUCUAACAUUAACCCCCACCCCACAAAAAAUAUCUAUAAAAAAACUACUCUAAAAAAGUGCCCUGAAAAGGGCAUUUGGUUGAGUUUGCACUUAAAAGGGCAUUUAGCUCUUUUGCUGCUCAGAGAAAAAAAAAAUCCCUGUUCUUAAAAAAAAAAAAACACCCAAAGAAAACAACAACCUAACACUAAACCCCAAGAUGGUGCUCACUAAAGAUGAUGGCAGCUGCGCUCUAUCUUCAUCCCAGCGGUGGUCCUUCUUCAUCUCGGUUGUGGUCCAUCUUCUUAUCUUCAUCCCAGUAGCGGUGGCGGCGGUCUUCCUCCAGCUUCAGAGCUUCAACACGGAGGUCCUCUUCAUGCUGUCACCAGCUGCACACUGAAUUUUGAAUGCAAGGUACCCUUUUAUUCUAUUGGCUGAUUUGAAUUUGAAAAUUAAAAUCAGCCAAUAGGAAUGCAAGGGUACCCCAAUAUAAAAGAGGUACCUUGCAUUUAAAAUCCAGUGUGCGGCUCGAUCUUUGUGGCAAGGUGUAAUUGCAUUAAAUUCUUUAUCAAUACCUUAAAAGCUGAU